UCUAUAAAUACCACCGGAUACAUGUUAUCUUCAAUCAACACAACUAGCCAAUACCCGAAGUGAAACAGCUCCCAAAACAUUAUUCUCCAAGUGUUUAAACCAUGGCUUUUUCCAAGUACUGUUUCCUUCUGUCUAUGAUCAUGGCAUUGUUAUUCUCAAGCACUGAGAUGAGUUUAGCAGCUCGUCACCUCUUGGAUACACCAGCAGCUCCGCCCCCAGCAUUGACACUGCCUACAAUCCCGUCCCUGCCCAAGGCAACCUUGCCUCCACUGCCCUCAGUGCCAACGCUGCCUAAAGCCACAUUGCCACCACUGCCUAGCACGCCAUUACCUACUUUACCUACUCAACCAACUCUUCCUAAGCCUACAUUGCCACCAUUGCCUACAAACCCCUUGCCAACACUGCCAACUCAACCAACUCUUCCAAAGUCCACCUUGCCGCCGCUGCCAAGCACCCAACUCCCAACACUGCCAAUAAUGCCCACGAUCCCCAAGGUGGCACUCCCUCCGAUGCCAGCAUUUCCGUUGCCCACCAUUCCAACCACAAUCCCUUCAAUCCCCUCCAUUCCAACUACAGUCCCAACAAUGCCUUUCCUCUCCCCACCACCAUCAAAUUAAAAACCGGCUCUUGAGAUGCCUCAUAUUCGUUCUUCACACGUUCUCCCACUUCAGUUUGGAUGUUUCUUUGCGCUGUACUUGUGCUAUUCUGGAUUAUGUUAGAACCUGUUUCUCUUCUUAUAUAUAUUGAGAGUUUUCACAGUCUUGAGAGGUUCAUUUGCAUUUGUCUGUAUAAGAGAAUAUGAUGCUUAAUUUCUAUAGUUUUCGAGCCAUUCUUAAUUGGUUAUGUCAGCGACGCUUGUGCAUGCGUGUUAUUAUAUUAAUGUAACCGAUCUUAUCAGUAUUCAAUAUACGAUAUCUUUUUUGUUUUUUA